CCAGUACUUAUGUUUGACAUGUUUGGAUCACCAUGGCGAUGUUAUAUUGCAAGAAAAAGCACACAAGGCGAACAAUUCCUCACAUAUCUCCGGAAGAAAGUGAACCUCCUGGCUGUCCACAUCACCACGUCUUCUCAUCUCACCUUGACCUCUACUUGCAUCUCCCGAUAGGAAGGCUUUGAAUGCCAUCAAAAGUAAGUUAAGAAGGGCUCACUCUCACAAGCAAGAGUGUACAAAGCAACCCACUGUCCGCUGGAGGGAGGCGGGGGGCGUCACGGAUCUGCUGCGCAUCUGAGCGAGGGAGCCGAAGGCUUCACCUUAUCCUUACCUCACCUCCAACUAACUGGCAACUCUUGUACAGAGACCUUUCCGCAUCAAGAUCACCACGCUUCUCCUAGUCCCAGAAUCUAAACAGUACAUACUCCAGGAAUGGUCAAAAGUUCAGAAUCCAGCCAGUGCAGAAUGGGUUCCUCUAGAAAGUCCUCCAAUAGGCCGAAAAAGCGAACUCUAGUUCGCUGGGACGGUACAUUCCCUGCCCCUAUUCAGUCUUUGUCACUGUGGCAUCUCUACAAGCCAAGGCUAACAGAUGUAGAAAACUUGAACGAGCUUCUUCUGCUGACCGUACAGUCUGUUUGCAAUACCAACUCCAUCAAGAUUCCUUGGGCGGACGUCGCUAGGACCAUGGGACAUAACGUGACGGAGGGAGCGAUAGUACAGCACCUUGCCAAACUUCGCAGUCGUCGAGUUGCCGCAGAGAAAGCUGUUCCUCCCCCCCUUCGACGUGGUGGUAUCGGUGCCUUAUGCAAGUCGACCGCAGAAUCGCCCACAGGAAGCGUGCAAGGAGAAAGACCGAAACGUAAAAGUGCCCAGACCAAGCUCGGUAGUGGCGAGUCACGGAGCAAAGCUCAACACCAAGACACGUCCUCGGAUGAAGACUGGGUCGAGGGAAGAGCUUCUAGGAUUCGGAGGAAGUUCCCAAACAAGAAGAAGUCAAUAUCUCAAGCUGCGGAAAGCACUCCAGAACAGCUCAAGUACGAGAGUGACGAAGAUGACAUAGACAGCAGCGUGAAUAGCUCUAAUGAUCUGUUGGCUCCCGGUGCGAAGUUCCUCGAAUACCCGAAUGACACGGGGCAGCCUGAGACGUCUCCAUCUGCUUCCGGCUCCGAACCUAAGCGAAGUAAGCUGGUGGUACUCAAAUAUCGACGACACGCUAGCAAUGACGGUGAUACAGUUUCUCACUCUGUGGGUUUAGCCGUUGAUCCGGGCAACCUCCAUGAUGCCGCAUCCUUCCCUCAGUACUACCAACAGUCUUCUGGCGAUAACGCUUAUUCGGUCGAUAGCAAUGCCAACUUCAUGGAUUUACUGAGCCAGGAUUCGCCAAUGGGCUUUGCGCCUGUAGGUAGCUCCUCCAUGGAAGUGCUUUCACAUGAGCCUGGAGUUGCUGCUCAUGGCGAUCUGUGGCAGAGUGGACUCGGUCAGCCGUUUUCGAGCGCCAUGUAUCCGGCAUACCACAACACUGUUGAUGUCGAUACUGCGAAUGAUCCAUUGGAUUUCUCUCAGGAGAUGUUCAACCGUCUUGCUUCGUUUGAGCCUGAAACCUAUCAGCACAUGUCAGGCAAUUAUAUGCAGAUGGAUGAAGCGAUCCACCCCUAUCAAGUCUCCAAUGACAUGAAAUGAACCUCCGAAUGGAAUGAGGCCUGAUCCAAACCAAGGCCCGUGAAAAUUAGUAUUGACAUAUCUUUGCCAUUUUGCAUUUCUGGCUUCGGUCUCAGUUUCUCACACUCCUUCCAUCUUUAAGAUCACUGUCUUCUACCCUUAUUGAUAAUGUCUUCUAUUUUCCAGUAAUUUAGUCAUUUGAAUAAUGAAAUGCUACCAUGCUGAAGCCUUCGGUAAAAUCUAUGAGGAAAGGGAUCGGAAGAAUCGGUUGCGGAUUACAGCAGACGACUCUUGGACUAGUAUUACUUGCGUGGUCCCAUAAAUGGCAGCAUUCAAUCGGCAAUUGGUGCUAUUAACUGGCUCUCUCAAUCAGUAGACUUCAUUGUAGGCAGUCGGUGUACGCGGGUUGCCCUUUCCGACGACCCGAGGCGAAUCCCUCGGAUACGCGGCUGCACGUGACCUUCUAGG